CCCCAUACACCCCGUGUUAAAACACGGUAAUCUUUUUCGUACAAAUAAUAGAGGGCGCUGUCAGCGCAUAUGCCCCAUCGAAAUCAGGUAGACGUUUGUUUACAAUCGUUGACAUCUGUCACUUGCUAUCUUCCUAUUAAAGAUCGAAUCAUUACUGCUACUUUUAAUGCUGUAAGUGAGCUAAUAAUUUUACACAAUAAUCUUGGGUAUUCUUUUUUGUUGUGAGCUGCUGAAACGUAAUUUGAUAUGUCGGCAAAACUCUCACGAAAGUGUUUUGUUCCCGGCUGUAUAUCUGGUCACCAAAAUGCCACAAAAGCAUCACUGUUUAAAGUUCCCAAAGACGAAAAUCUUCGUCGAGAAUGGGCGAAAAGAAUCUCCAGAGGAGAUACAGAACUAUCGAUUCACCACAGUGUGUGUGAACUGCAUUUUGAAGAACAUUUUAUUGAGAAAUAUUAUCAUCAUAUUGUUAACGGUGAGGAAAUAAAAAUUCCAAGAGGUAAACCACUGCUUAAACCUGAAGCAAUACCUAGCAUAUUUCCGAAUGCUCCAAAAAAAUUAGUCAGUAUCAUUGAAAAAAAUAAUGAAUUCAUUGCAGAUGUUUUCAUGUGUGGCCAAAAAACCCAAUCUGUUACUUUUAAUGCUGUGAGCGAGCUGAUGUACAGUAAAAAGUGUGCAAUUAAAAUUAAUGAGUCUGCAACAUGUGUGCAUUGUAAAUAUGUAAAUAGAUUACUGAAAAAAAAAAUUUGUAAAAAUAAUUAUUUGAAAUCAAAAUUAAGCAAUAAUAGAAAAAACAAAUUGAUAUGUUGUUUAAGAAAAAAAAUUACAGAGUUAUCCUUAAAACUGAAGGAACAAAAAACAAAUGAAAUGGGCACUUCUGUUGUUGCCUCAAAUCCGAAGCAAUUACUUGCUAUAAAUGCUUUUAAUAAUGCCUCCAAACGUAAAAGUACUCAAGGUAUGAUUUAUGAUCCAAAAUGGUUAAUUGAAUGUAUAAUAAUGAGAAUGAAAGGACCAAAACUUUAUGAACAUAUCCGUGAAAAUAAAAUUCUGAUUGUGCCUGGAAAGAACUGCCUACAAAGAUAUGUUAAAAAUUACCGCAGUGGAUUUGGUUUCUGUGAUUCUGUUUUUCAGGCAAUCAAAGUGAAAACUCAAAGCAUGGAACCAUAUUUUCUCCAUGGUGGUAUAUUGAUAGAUGAAAUGAAGUUAUCUGAAAAUUUGCACGUGAGUUCAGAUGGUCAAAUUGAAGGAUUUGUGGACUUGGGAAAUUUUCAAAAUGGAAAAAAGCAAAGCAAUCAUGGAUUAGUAUUCCUAUUUCAACCAUUUGUGGGUGACUGGAAGCAGAUUGUUGCAGUUUUUGCCACAUGCAACAAUAUUAAAGGAACCUUGCUUGCUGACUUGAUAAUAGAAGCAACAAUUUUGUUAGAAAAUGCAGGUCUGUAUGUAGAUUUUAUAACUUGUGAUGGGGCUACGUGGAAUAAAGUAAUGUGGAAGAAAUUUGGUAUAGGUACUCAAUCAGAUAAUACAACUGAAUAUCAGAUAAAUCAUCCAUGUGAUGAAAACACGCAAGUUAAAUUUUAUAUCUGA